AUGAUUGGGAUCCAGCCUGAGCCUCAGGCCCAGUUCCAGCUUCUUUCCCAGCCACAGUUUCAGCACCAGGCCCUCUCUGAACCCCAGCCCAGCCCCCAGCUCCAGAACCUCUCUGAACCCCAGCCCAGCCCCCAGCUCCAGAACCUCUCUGAACCCCAGCCCAGCCCCCAGCUCCAGGUCCUCUCUGAACCCCAGCCCAGCCCCCAGGCCCAGCUCCAGGUCCUCUCUGAACCCCAGCCCAGCCCCCAGCUCCAGCUCCAGGUCCUCUCUGAACCCCAGCCCAGCCCCCAGGCCCAGCUCCAGGUCCUCUCUGAACCUCAGCCCAGCCCCCAGCUCCAGGUCCUCUCUGAACCCCAGCCCAGCCCCCAGGCCCAGCUCCAGGUCCUCUCUGAACCCCAGCCCAGCCCCCAGCUCCAGAACCUCUCUGAACCCCAGCCCAGCCCCCAGCUCCAGGCCCAGGUCCUCUCUGAGCCCCAGCCCAGCCCCAAGCCCAGCCCCAAGGCCCAGCCCCAGACCCUCUCUGAACCCAAGCCCAGCCCCCAGGUCCAGCCACAGACUGUUCCCCAGCCUGAAGAGGAGGUGAAAACCAGGGUGUUCUCCAGACUCCUCCUCUUCCUGUUGGGGUCCUCCCUCUGCACCUCGGUUUUGGGCCUGGCCUAUUACUCCCAGCAGCACCUCGCAGCAGUUGGCACAGAGGUCAAAAAGGCUGAUAACCCUAACCCAGCCGUGUUCCCAUGCCUGACCCCUGCUUGCCAGGAGGCCUCUGCUCGUCUGGCCCUGUCCGUUGACCCUUUCACCCAGCCUUGUGACUACUUCCUGUUCACCUGUGGGUCAGACGGGUCCUCUCUAACCAACAGAGGGAGACAGAGAGGCAAGGGGCUCCCUCCACACCUGCAGGUUGAGAGAAAGAGGGAUGCAGUUGCUGGCAGGCAAGGGAGAGGACGGAAGGAGAGACAGACGGACAGAAAGGAGGAAGAGAUGAUCGACAGAAUGCUGGACAGACAGACUGCUCUGCUGCAGUCACUGAAGGCCGUUCUGGAAAUGGAGGAUGGGUCCGGACCUGGCAGCCCAGCCGUGCAGAAAGCCCGGGGGUUUUAUCGCUCCUGUAUGGAGGAGGGACCCACUGAGAGCGCCGGAGCAGAACCCUUUCUUAGAAUCAUCCAGAAGCUCGGUGGUUGGGGAGUGUGGGGUGCGUGGAAUCAGACUGACUUUAACUCCACGCUCUCUCUGUUGAUGAGGGACUAUGUCACUUUCCCGUUCUUCAGCCUCUAUGUAGGCAAGGACCCCAACGACGUAGAUCCAAGGAGCAACAGGACAUACAUCCAGAUUGACCAGCCUGAUUUCCAGAUUCCCAUCGAAUGGAGCAAAAAGAUGCAAAAGUCAAAAGCAAACACUCAGACUUUGCGUCCAUUCCUGGUGUUGUGUCAGAAGUACCUGGCUCUGCUGGGCUCUGCCCCCAUCAGCAGUAAUCUCCACGUGGGCCUGUUCAUCUCCCUGUCCUCGGAGCUCGCAGUAACCGCUGCCCCUCUACACCACCGCCUGCAGCUAGGGAUGCUGUACCAGCGCAAGACCAUCAGAGAGCUGCAGACCUUGGCCCCUGCUAUCGAUUGGCUGGGCUGUCUGCAGGCUGCCUUCCAUCCAUACCCAGUCAGCCAAUUGGAUCAAGUCUUACUGCACAACGUCCCUUACAUUAUUCAAAUGUCUCGCAUCAUUGGCAGAUGGCUCAACAAACAUGAACUGAGUGCCAGUGGCCCAAUUCACACCUACAUGAUCCUGUCUCUGCUGCAGACCUUUGUACCUGCCUUGGAUUCCAGGUUUUCUGAGACGGACAGGAAUUUCUCAUUGGCUCGCGGGCACAUUGAGAAGCAGAAAGUCCCUCGCUGGAGGCAGUGUGUUCUGGAGACGGAGAAAGGCUUUGAUACUGUGCUCACACGCCUUCUUCACAAGACGACCGCUCACAGAGAAAUGGAGGAGAUGACUGAGAAUAUAUUUUCCUCCUUGAAGUCCAAACUGGCAAACCUCAAAUGGAGGGAUGAGGAAUCUCGCCAGUCUGUUGUAAAUAAGGUUUGGUCUUUAACUCCAAGAUUGUCAUCUAAAGGAGCCAUCCUCCAUGACACAGAACUAGACCAAAUGUUCUCAAAGGUGACAAUCAGGGAACAUGACUACUUCUCCAACUAUGUCCAGUCCCUCUCCCUUCAGCAGAAGAAACGCAUCAACCUUUUCUCCAAGACAGAGGAAAAUAAUUUGUCAAUCACUUUAUUUAUCUCUGGGGAGGAUCUGGUAUUUCCCAUAGGAAUGUUUGUACCACCUCUCUUCCACCCUACGUAUCCCCGAGCUGUUAACUACGGGGUUUUAGGUUCUUUGAUUGCCAAAGACAUCCUUCAUCUCCUUCUGCCAGACAUCCAUUCUCAGAGUGAGAGCAUCCAGACAGUGGGGGACUGUGUGUGGGAGCAGUACGUCCGAGUGACAGAGGGCGCGGGGAGAGUGGGCGCUUACUCGCUCUCCUCAGCCCAACGGCAGGAGAUGUGGGUGCAGUACUCCGCCCUGCAGGUGGCGAUGCAGGCUUAUCAUCUAAAUCUGAAGCAGCGACCUGAUGAUUUAUCUCUAUCGGGUCUUUCACACACUCACCUGUUUCUCACCUCAUUCACUCAGAUUAACUGUGACUCGGACCCAUAUAGUGAGUUCAUGCCUUUUGAGCCUUCCUUCCUGGUGACUGUUUUAUGUACAAACUCUGAACUCUGCCCAACGACCAUGACCUGCCCCGACAAACCACAACAGAAUUUAACAAACACCUGCUGAG